AUUGUAUUGUCCACGAAAGUCGAGAAAGAGAUGGGAGAACUGCAGAGUGCGUUUGGGUGGGCAGCAAGAGAUCCAACUGGAGUUCUCUCUCCCUUCUCCUUCUCACGCAGGGCUCUCAGGGAUAAUGAUGUUACGUUAAAGAUUUUGUAUUGUGGAAUAUGCCAUACUGACCUUCACAUUAUUAAGAAUGAUUUUGGAAAUGCUAUGUACCCAGUUGUUCCAGGGCAUGAGAUUGUUGGUACUGUGACCAAAGCGGGAUCCAAUGUCCACAAGUUUAAAUGUGGUGACAAGAUUGGUGUAGGGUACAUGGUUGGCUCGUGCAAUGCAUGUUAUAGUUGCGCAGAGGGUUUUGAAAACUACUGUACCGAGAUAGUACCCACUUCCAACGGCAUCUACAAUGACGGAAAGAUAACAUAUGGAGGAUUCGCGGAUAAUUUAGUCGUCGAUGAGCAUUUUGCAGUUCGCCUUCCGGAAAACUUGGCGCUAGAAAAGGCUGCACCUUUGUUAUGUGCAGGUAUUACAGUGUACAGUCCAAUGAAGUAUUUUGGGCUUAAUAAGGCAGGAAAACAUCUUGGGGUUGUUGGGCUUGGAGGGCUUGGACAUGUUGCUGUGAAGUUUGGAAAGGCGUUUGGUAUGAAAGUUACAGUGAUCAGCACAUCACCAAAGAAGGAGAAGGAAGCGGUUGAACAUUUGGGAGCCGAUGCGUUUUUAGUCAGUCGUAAUCCAGAACAAAUCAAGGCUGCCAUGAGAACCAUGGAUGGUAUCAUUGAUACAGUUUCAGCUAACCACCCCAUCACUCCAUUGCUAGCAUUACUGAAAACACGUGGAAAGAUGAUAAAUGUGGGCCUGCCAAACAAACCAUUGGAAGUUCCUGCUUUUUCCUUGAUCCAAGGGGGGAGGACUCUUGCGGGAAGUUAUAUUGGUGGAAUGAGAGAUGCCCAGGAGAUGAUAGACUUUGCUGGGGAGCACAAUAUAACUGCAGAGGUUGAGGUGGUUUCCAUGGAUUACGUGAACACAGCAUUUGAGCGACUUGCCAAGGGCGACGUUCGAUACCGAUUCGUUAUUGACAUUGCAAACACUUUAUCUCCUGCUUAACGAUGGUGACUAUAUUUCUGUAUAUAUGAUAUAGGGACAGUUGGGUACAAUAAGAUUGUGCCUGAUGCUUACUCACCUGAGGAGGUCUCCAAGUAUGUAUUUCGAGUAAGCUUCAUGGUAUCAGAGAGUGACCAAUUUCUAAUAAGUUGCCAUAAUUCUGUUAUGUAUAUCAGUUAAAAUUCAAGUG